UCCCUGCCCGGCGCUAUCCAGCAGGCAGCAGUUCCUUCGACGGACGAGCCAGUACUCACUUAGUGCAGCGAGUGACACGCAGUCAGAGAUCAGCUUGGCUCUGUCUCGGAUCAUCAUUUUCGAGCCAAGCGAACCGGUGCGGCUGCACACAUCAUCGCGAGCCUGUUGCAGCUGUGAUACUCCCCUUAGUGUAACCGUGCAACCUCCGCAAUGGCCUCUCCUAUCUUCGGUUCAUCUAGAAUCGUAAAACACCUGAAGCAGCUGUCGCAGAGGGCCUACUCCGAAGGUGCCUUCCCGAAAAUCACAACUCAUUAUACGGUGGUGCCCCGCGACGGCGAUCCAAGAUGGAAAGACGUGAACAUGGAGAGGUACGUCGACGAGACGGACAUCCUGAUAGUGGGCGGAGGUCCAGCGGGAAUGUCGGCAGCGAUCCAGGCCCGUAAGCUCGCCGAACAGCAUGGCAAGGAGCUGCGCGUCACCCUCGUCGAAAAAUCCGCGACGAUCGGAGGACACAUUCUCAGUGGUGCCUGUAUAGAUCCCAUCGCCCUCAAAGAGCUCUUUCCCAACUGGGAGGAGCUCGGGGCUCCGCUGCACACGCCCGUCACAGCGGACAAGUUCGCCUUCCUCACCGAAACCGGACGCGUGCCUAUUCCCAUUUUCCAAGGGAUGCCUAUGUACAAUCAUGGAAAUUACGUCGUCAGAUUGGGUCACCUAGUGUCGUGGCUCGGCGAACAGGCGGAAGCCGCGGGCGUAGAACUUUACCCGGGCUACGGUGCCUCGGAAGUUCUUUAUCACGAGGAUGGCUCCGUAAAGGGAAUUGCCACCAACGACGUGGGUAUCGCUAAGGAUGGCUCGGCCAAGGACACCUUUGAGCGCGGAAUGGAACUGCACGCCAAGUGCACCAUCUUCGCCGAAGGCUGUCAUGGCCACUUGACUAAACAAAUCACCAAGAAGUUUAGUCUCAGGGAAAACUGCGAGCCCCAAACUUAUGGAAUUGGUCUUAAAGAGAUCUGGGAGGUUGACAAAUCCAAGCACUCCCCUGGUACAGUCGAGCAUACUGUAGGAUGGCCUCUAAAUAAAAAUACUUACGGAGGAUCCUUUUUGUACCAUCUAAACGAAGAGACUCCUCUUAUCGCGAUUGGCUUCGUCGUGGGGCUGGAUUACACGAAUCCCUACUUGAGUCCUUUCAAAGAGUUCCAAAGGUUUAAGCACCAUCCUUCCAUCAAACCAACGCUCGAAGGCGGCAAAAGAAUAGCCUACGGAGCGAGAGCUUUAGUAGAAGGUGGCUUCCAAUCUAUACCAAAGUUGCAAUUCCCUGGAGGUUGCCUGAUUGGUUGCACAGCAGGAUUUUUGAACGUGCCAAAAAUCAAAGGUACGCACAACGCCAUGAAAAGUGGUAUGCUAGCCGCCGAAAGUGCAAUUGAGGCAAUCAUCGAAGCCGAGACGACGCCAUCAAAAACCAAAGGUCUAGAACUGAAAUCUUACACUGAUAAAAUCAAAAACAGCUGGAUUUACAAGGAACUCAAGGCUGUGAGAAACUUCAGACCAAGCUUCCAUACAUCGCUCGGCUUGUAUGGUGGUAUGGCGUAUUCCGGAUUCUCCAUGCUCUUAGGCGGUCGAGAGCCUUGGACUUUGUCACACGGAGAACCAGAUUAUAAAAGACUGAAACCUGCAGCCGAAUGCACGCCCAUCGAUUAUCCGAAACCAGACAACGUCGUAUCUUUUGACUUACUUUCGUCGGUUGCUCUAACUGGUACCAAUCACGAGGCUGAUCAGCCGGCACAUCUUACGCUCAUGGAUGAUACGGUGCCGGUUAAAAGAAAUUUAGCGGUAUUCGAUGGUCCGGAAGGCCGAUUCUGUCCAGCUGGAGUCUACGAAUUCGUUCCAUUAGAGGAUGGUACUGGAGAGAAACUUCAAAUUAAUGCCCAAAACUGCAUUCACUGCAAAACUUGUGAUAUAAAAGAUCCAAGUCAAAACAUCAACUGGGUGGUUCCAGAAGGAGGUGGUGGUCCUGCUUACAAUGGAAUGUAAAUUCUUGUAUGCUUCUUAGAGGUGCUUUUGUCUAACGAUUACUUAUGGCAUUUUUAGAAAAUUUUACCAUACAAAAUUAUACAAAAGAUUCAGGUUUUUAUAACAAUCUAUUUUAGAAAUCGCGUCAAAGAUUUCUAGAUGAGCAAAACACUAUUUUGACAAAAUUUUGUAGUUCUAACAGUUAGCAAAAAGGUCUUCUCAAUUUUUAUUGUUAUUUUGAAAAUGUUUACAUCUGUUUUUAAGAUUAAUUGUAAUAUAUAAGAUAUUGCUAAAUAAUAUGCAUAAUAUGCUAAGAUUUGUAUAAAGUUGUAUGUUACUCAAUUUUGUAAAUAGUUUAUGGGGUCAGUUGUUAAUGUUUUAUACUUAUAGAUAUAUUUUUUAAAGAAAUAAGAAUACUCUAUUUUUAACAAUUUUUCUUUUUUCUUGAAAAAUUGCAAGCGUAUCAAUGCAAAUAAUUAGCAAAGCCUUGAAUAAAUCUAGCAUAUUCAUUUUGCAAGAUGAAAGGCUACUAGAAGACAUUCAUAUACAAUUCAUUUUAAGUGAAGUGCCUUGAAAAACAUGUUAUAUGUAUGUACAUACCGUUUAAGACUUGAAAGCGUAACAUAAUUAUAUAAAGUGAUCAACUACAUAUAUAAUCUAAUAAAAAAAUAUGUAUAAAUAUAUUGUACUUUUCUACAAAUGUAUGUUAAUUGUGUCAAUAAUAUCAAAUAAUUGAAAAUAAAUUUUUCUUAAUAACAAUCAAA